AUGUCCAUCACAAAUGGCCAGAAUGCCUGGCCGCCGCCAUCGGCAAGCCAGGUCAACGGCGACCGAGGCCACGGUUAUCACGGUGGUGCUGCCGACGACGGCCUGCCGCGGACCAAUACCCCCAGCGGCGGCCACCACCCGCCCUCACUGAUGCCUGAGGCGUCCGACCUCGACGACCAGCAUCGCCGCGCCCUCUUCGCCCAAAAGUUUCAAGUCGCUAACCGCCGUCUGGAGAUGCUGUUUGGUGACGACGGGGGCUACGACCAGGCUGCUCUCGCGUCCUUCACGCGUCCCCCGACCCCACCCGCACCUUUGAUCCCCGCCGCGACCGACCACGCGCCGAUCCAAGAACCACCCCGCAAGCGGGCCAAGCGCGUCAUCGACGAGGACGACUACGGCGACGACGACGACGACGACGAUGACGACGACGACGAUGACGAGGAAUCCCAAGACGGCGCCAAUCGCAUUGCUUCUAAACACUCUAGCGCCGCUGCUGCCAAGACUUUGCUAUCCCCAUCGAAAUCGGGGAGCUCCCCAGUGCAUUCGGUGCCAUCCCCUGGGAAACAGAGCAGAGAGGAUGGAUCGCAACAAAAAGUCAAGUCGUCAGAGGAUGCGCGCAAGGAGUUGGAGGAUGCGCGCACCGCGACGGAGGAGGCUGCCAAGCGCAGCUUUCACACACUAUUCUACACCCUAGAAAACGACCGGACCGCCAUGCUCGAGCACCAGCAGCUGGAAGAAUCAGAAAAACAAUUGCAGGCCGAGAUGGACAAGACGGGUCACAACAGCACAAGUCAGCCGGGGAGCCAGGGCGGCCACGGCUCGCUCAGCAAUGCCAACCUGGGCGCCUCGAGCCUGACGUUGAAGCACCUCAUCGCCAGGAUAGACCUCAAAAGAGACCAGGUUCGGGCCUCGGAUGCCGAGCUGCGCUCGCUCAUGAACGAAGUCCGCAAGAACCGGAGCAAAUGGGCGAGUGAGGAAAAUGUAGGACAGGAGGAGCUCUACGAGGCACUGGAUAAGGUGCUCAGCGAGCUCAAGGCGCACACCGAGUUUUCGACGCCGUUUCUGAACCGCGUCAACAAGAGGGAUGCGCCAGAUUACUACAACAUAAUCAGACAACCGAUGGACAUGGGGACCAUGACGAAGAAGCUCAAACAGCUUCAGUACAAGUCCAAGACCGAGUUCGUCACGGACCUGAACCUGAUCUGGGACAACUGCCUCCGGUACAACCAGGACAUGGCCCACCCUUUCCGGCGCCUUGCCAACUCGAUGCGCAAGGAGGCCGAGAAGCUAAUACCCCUGAUUCCGGAUGUUGUCAUCAGGCCAAGGGCGGAGGUGGAAGCUGAGGAAAGAAGGAAACAAAACGGGGGAGAUGACGAGGACAGCGACGACGAGCCGAUCAUGUCCUCGCGGGGUCGCAAAGCAACAAAGGGGGCGAGCAAGUCCCGGAAGGCGCAGUCGGACCAAAAAGAAGAUACCCCAAACGUGGAGACGAAGCCGGUGCUGCAGUUGAAUGGACUUUUGGCGAGACAUAGGGAGGGGUCCGAGAUUGACGGCAGCAACGGCUUUGGGACGCCGCCGGUGGCUGGAUCCAUCACGCCCAGCGGCUUGAACGGGCAUCACUCCGGUGUCAGUAAUGCUGAUGCGAUGGAUAUUGACGGGCCGUCGCUGAACGGGAUUCAUCUGAAUCAAGCGCUGGGCGAGGCGGCGGAGCAGGCGUUUGAGGAUGAUGAUUACAAGAUGUGGAAGCAGGUCACGAAGAAGGACCGGGCGUUGAUAGCGAAGGAGCGAUAUCGGUUGUUUGCGGAUGGGCAUUUGAAUGUGGACGAGCCGGCGUUGUUGAGGACCAAGGCUGGGAUGAGGCGGUUUCUAAAGUCGCAGAGGGAGGCGGAGGCGCAUGGGCUUUUGCCGGGGUCGAAUCAGGCUGAUGCUUCGGCGGCUGGGUCGAAGGAUGGGAUCAAGGCGUCGGAGACGUUGGCGGAGGGGAUGGAAGAUGAUGUGGUGAAGAACAUACCUGCGUACUAUGAGCCUCAGACGAUCAUCCCGGACAUUGAUCCGAAGCUCCAGUGGGUGGAGGAUGGUGAAGGGCAGGUUAUCAACCAGUUUGAGGACAUGCUGCAGCUGGUUCCUCAGGGGCACUUCAUCUCGCCCAUGAGCAAGCUGACGAACAAGUUUGAUGCGAACAUUCGGCAAAUGCAGGAGACGAGGAAGCUGUGUUCCAAGAUCAGCGUCAUCAAGCAGAUGCAGAUCCAGACACAGAUGUACCAAAACCAAUUCCAAAAGUACAAUCCCGAACCCUUCAUCGAGCAGGAUAUCGAGCCCCACUUCCUCGCCGGCGAGGGCCCGGUCAUGGCGGGAGAAGUCUGCCGCGCAGCCAUGCAGCGCUCCGUAGCCAAGAUCUUCUACCACGCCGGCUUCGAAGAGCUCCAACCUUCUGCCCUCGACACCAUCACCGACAUUGCUGGAGACUACUUCCAAAAGCUCGUCCGAACCUUCAACGUCUAUCGCGAAGCGGAACUCAAGCCCGCCACAGGUGUCUUUGCGGAAAGGGGCGCAAAGUUUCAACGCCGGUACACCCCUGAAGAAGUCAUCCUCCACACCCUCGACGAAAACGGCUACGACAUUGAGCAGCUUGAAGCCUACGCCCGCGACGACGUCGGCAAGCUAGGCAGCAAAUUGUCAACCCUCCACGAAAGGAUGAAAGCCCACCUCGCCGACCUCCUCCGGCCGGCCCUCAACGACGCGGGAGCCGACGGCUCGGGGGCCUUCAACGACGGCUCGGAGCAGUUUGUGGGAGGGGACUUUGCCGAGGACCUCGGGGAGGACUUUUUCGGGUUCAAGUCUCUCGGUCUGGACAAGGAGCUCGGGCUGGACAUGCUGUCUGUCCCGCUGCACCUGCUCCAAUCCCGGGUGAGGAACCAGUUUCAGCUGCAGACCCAGACGGCGGGGGCGGGGGUGGGGACGGUGGACAUGUUUGAGCCGCUGCCGCCGUCGGAGCCGGUUACUAGGGACUCGAUCCAGGAGCAGAUCGGGCUGGUCAAGAACUUCUUCUUGGCGAAGCUGCAUGCUAACGGGGACGCGCCGCUUGUGGAGGACGAGGACUUGCCUGUGAAGCAGCGGAGGCCGAGGCCGAGGUUGGGGGCGACGGGCAAGAUUGUUAGUCCGCAGAAGCGGCCGCCGAAGGAGCAGAUUGCGCUGGCGAAGAAGAAGAAGAAGAUGGAGAGUAGCGGGUUGGGGAUGGUUACUGCGGGGCAGAAUGCGGGGAGUUUGGUUGGUGGGUUGGGAGGGGGGAGUCCGAAUAAGAGUAGGAAGGUUGUGGUUGGUGGUGGUGGUGGUGGUGGUGUUGGGAGCAUAACGCUGCCGACGGUGGCGGCUGGGGGCGGGGAGAGCGGGACUGAGAAGGAGGAUGGUGGUGGGACGCAACAAGUGGGGGGGAGUGGUGGUGGGAUGGGGAUGAUGAGUCCGGAUAGUAUGGAUGUUAGGUGA